AUGGGUCCUCCGCCUGAGAAUUCCCAGUACUCCACUGUGGCAGACCUCAUAUGCUCAUCCACCAUGACUUGGAAUCCAGAGAGAUUAGAAUCAAUGCUUCCUGAAUACAAAGAUGACAUUAUGGCCAUUAGACCCAGUAAACAUGGAGCAGAAAAUCGAUACAUAUGGCUACUUACAAAAUCUGGAGACUAUACAGCUAAGUCAGGCUAUCACACUUUAUCUUUGAAACAAGAUCAACAAGCACAACAGGAGAAUAUGUACCAGGAUUUUAACUGGGAGAAAGAGAUUUGGACUUUACUUUGCUUACCAAAAAUCAGAUUCUUCCUUUGGAAGUUACUGAGGAAUGCGCUUCCAACGGGUGAGAAUUUAGUAAGUCGCGGUAUUAACCAAGCUGCCACUUCCCUUUCUGUGGCCACAAGGAGACUUGUCUCCACUUGUUUUUUCACUGUCCUUUUGCCAGGGAUGUUUGGAUGCGACACCAACAAAAACCCCCUCGACCCAUCGAUGAUCAAGAGUUUGGACAUGGGACUCAAGACAGCCCAACUUCUGGUCUGCCUCCCACCGACUGGAAUCGCAAUAGGGGCUCUUGGGGCUUGGAUUCUGUGGUCCAUUUGGACAUGCCGUAAUAAGCUAAUUUUCGAACAAAGAUCUAUUUCCCCGAAAAAGGCAAUGACUCAAGCAAUUACACAAACCCGAGAAUGGUACUUAAGCCAAACCCUAGAAAAUCCUAUGACCCAUACCUGUGCUAACCGACAGCGUCUCGAAGAAACCCCAGAUCUGAUUCGCUGCUUCACUGAUGCGGCUUGGAGGGAGGAAUCCCAAGAUGCGGGUUUUGGCUGGAUCUUCAAAGGCUUUCCUCUACACUCUUAA